AACUUAAAUUCCGUGAAUUCGCUCUCAAAGAGAAAAAUAUAAAAAAAAGUACUUGAACGCAAAAUCAGUAAAAAUAAAUUUUCAAACUGCUUGACCGGUGUGAUUUCCGUCGAUUUGAUUGGCUUCCUGUCACCGCCAUUAAUGCGCCGCUGACGCGAGUGUUAAGUGCAAAAAAGUGUUAAUUUCAGCCACAAAGCAAGCAAAAAUUAGCAGCAACAAAUACAAAAGAAAGAAAAAAGAAAACUUUUCCCCUUCGCCGUAGAAAAGUGAAAAUCAAAUACUAGUUGGGCUGACGGACGACGCCGUACCCUCAUCAUCAUAAAUUACUCAAAGUAUAUAAGUGCAAAAUAGUUGAAUAUAUUUGUGUGUAAGUGUUUGUGAAUAUUUGUAUGUAUGUGUUGUUUUGAGGCCAUAUCAUGGCAACAGUGAAAAUGUCUGAGCUACGGACAGGAAUAAAAUGAAACCAAUUGCCAGAACUUAUCGCGUUCGGUACACUAAUGGCUGCAAGUUUGCGAAUUCCACAACGCAUAGAAACAGAACAGCAACAGCAACAAAUCCAAAAACAACAAAGCAACAAACUAAAAGCGCGACUAAGUGCUUGCAGCAAGAACAAAAACGAAUUCCAGAAGGUCCGAGCAACAGUCAAAAGCGAGCAACCAAUAGCCCAGCGACAUUCAGGCGAACCGCAGCCAGCAGGCAGGCAAACAGACAACCAACAGCCAAAGCAACAACAACGACAGCAGCAGUUAGAGAAACAUCAGCGGAGUAGUGUAAAGUACUGCCGCUUGGUAGUCUUCUUCCGCGCAGCCCCAUUAUGACGCGCUGCAGGAACGCGAAAUAUUUGCCUGCAGACGUUGAGAACGACGACGUUCGACGACAAGCCGUCGAACUGGUCACGGCCACAGACGUGAAUUUGAGCGCAUACGCGCGCACUUACAGCAUGACAAAUCAGCCAAAUUGUAACGAUAUCUUCAUUUCUGCGACUGCCACAAAUGCUGGCACCAAAAUAAAAUACAACAAAAAUGACAAAGUUAACAUUCAUUUGGUCACAAGAGCAGUGCAAGCAGUUUCAAAGUGCGCCGCAAAAGUGAGCGCAUUAACACCAGCUUCUUUCCCCAGUGAUGCCGCACCCGCCGCCGCCGCUGCCACAAAAGUUAUUGCAGCAAAGGGAGCUGCGGUAGCACUAGAAGACUGCAACAUAACGCCACAAAAGCACACAAACGCAAUUGCUGACGCGCGGCUGCCUGCUUACGCAGCAACAUUACAUUAUCGUCAGCAUAAUUUAGUCUUAAGCAGAGCUUUGCCAUUCAUUUGCUUGGCAUUUGCGCUGUUCGCAUUGCCAUCGCCAUGUCACAGCCAGCAUCAGUCAUUGAGCGCAUAUAGCACGCCAACGUUCGGUCCCAGUGCGGCUGGAUCCAUUGCCCAUUACAGUGUGUUGGCCUUUCCACGUCGACGUUCGUCUGCGGGCGCCGAUGGCGUUAGUGGUUUGAUGCAGUCGCGCGCUGUCGAUACGAGCGCACAAUUUGAGGUAUUGGAAGGACAACCGCGUGGCACGGUCGUUGGUUUUAUACCGACCAAGCCCGAUUUCACAUACCGGUUUAAUGAACCGCCGCGCGAAUUUACGCUCGAUCAAGUCACGGGCGAAAUCAAAACGAAUGUAGUGCUGGAUCGUGAAGGUAUGCGCGAUCGUUACGAUUUGGUUGUGCUCUCUUCCCAGCCCACCUAUCCCAUUGAGGUGCGCAUCAUUGUACUCGAUGUGAACGAUAAUGCGCCAGAGUUUCCCGAGCCGAGUAUAGCGGUGUCGUUUUCUGAGAGUGCGGCCACUGGCACACGGCUAUUGCUGGACGCGGCGACUGAUCGCGAUAUUGGCGAGAAUAGCGUGACGGACGACUAUCGCAUAGUGGAUGGAAAUGUGGAGGACAAGUUUCGCUUGGCCGUAACGACGAACCCAAGCGGUGAUGUGUCUUAUCUACAUUUGGAGACAACGGGGAAUUUGGAUCGCGAAACGUGCGGUUUCUAUCAGCUGAAUAUAUCAGCGCGCGAUGGCGGUGAUCCGGCGAAAUAUGGUUACUUAUUGGUUAAUGUUACGAUCGUCGAUGUAAAUGAUAACCCACCGAUAUUCGAUCACAGCGACUACAUCGUUUCUCUGAAUGAGUCAGUGCCACCUGGCACGCCUGUGCUGCAGGUGAUGGCUUCGGACAAUGAUCUGGGCGAUAACGCCAAAAUCACCUAUUACCUGGCUGAUACGGAGCAACAAUUUACAGUCGAUCCGGAGACGGGUGUCAUAUCCACCACCGAACUGCUCAGCUGUCCGCAACAAAACUGUCAAACAUAUGCGCGCCCCGGUGCCAGUUGUCCCAAGAGCUGUGUAUUUACGGUAUUCGCACGCGAUCACGGCUCGCCCCGCCAAGAUGGACGCACCUAUGUGACCGUCAAUCUCGUUGACACGAACGACCACGAUCCGGUUAUACGCUUCCAAUACUUUCCGCCCACCGGCACAUUUGCAACUGUAGAUGAGAAUGCGGCGAACGGUAGCGUGGUUGCUGCCGUUUCCGUGGUGGAUAUGGACGAGGGAUUGAAUGGCGAGACGAGUUUACGCAUCAUAUCAGGCAAUGAGUUGAGCCAUUUUCGUUUGGAGAAGACACCGUCAUUUGAUAUUGUGCGCGUUAAUGGCGUGUUGGAUCGCGAGGAAAUUGGCAAGUAUAAUUUGACAGUUGUUGCCAUCGAUAAAGGCUCACCGCCACGUACGGCGACCGCACACCUAAUUAUCCAUGUCAACGAUGUCAAUGAUCAUGAGCCGGUAUUUGAGAAGUCCGAGUAUUCGGCUGUGUUGAGUGAAUUGGCACCACCAGGGACGUACGUGGCUUCUAUUACCGCCACUGACGAGGACACUGGCGUAAAUGCAUUGAUUUUUUACGAUUUCGUUUCGGGUAAUAAUAAACAAUGGUUUGCCAUUGAUACAGCGUCCGGUUUGAUAACAACGCAGGCAGCAUUGGAUCGCGAGGUGCAGGACAGCGUAGAGUUGAGCAUCUCUGCACGUGAUGGCGGCCCAAAUCCGAAGUGGGCGUACACACAACUCAAGGUGACCAUACUGGAUGAAAACGAUGAGGCACCACAAUUCUCGCAACAAAAUAUCAACGUCACACUCAGCGAGAAUACACCUCCACAGACACUGGUCGCCAUGCUAACGGCCGCCGAUCACGAUCAAGGCACUAACGGCUCGGUGACAUACACACUGGCUGGCAGUGUGGAGCGCAAAUAUCCACAACAAUUUGGCCUCGACUCGCUCACUGGCCAAUUAACGACGCGCAGUGCACUUGAUCGUGAGACAAUUGCGCAUUAUGAGAUUUUUGUGAUCGCACGCGAUCAGGGCGCACCACCACAAUCAGCCACCGCUACUGUUUAUCUAAACGUUGAGGAUGUCAACGACAACAGCCCAACGUUCUACCCCAGUCAUUAUUUUUAUGCGUUACCUGACGAUGCGGGCGACAAUAACCAGCCACUGUUGAAAGUCACUGCCAGCGAUCGUGAUGCGGGCGAUAAUGCCUUAAUUACCUACCAACUGGAGUCAGGUGGCGAUGGACAUUUCGUCGUCGAUACAUGGAGUGGUGCGAUAACGCUGCGCGCCGGCAGCGGAGAUAUACGCCAGUCACCAAAGGCACUCUACAAGUUGAAGAUUUCGGCAAAGGAUCGCGGCGAACGACGUAGCGAACAAGAUGCACUGGUUGAGAUUGUAUUGCAAUCCAAAAUGGAGUUGCUCGAGUUCGAUUCAUACGGCAGUUAUGAGUUUCAAAUUGUGGAAGAUCAUGAACAGCAGCAGCCCGUGGUGGGCCGCGAGGUGGGUCGGGUGCAGGUAAAGCUACAUGCCGGCAAAUCGACACUGCCACCCAACAUUGAGUACGCGAUUGUAUAUGGUGAUGCAGAUGAGAACUUUGCGGUGGAUCGUCGUACUGGUCGCAUUCGCACGGCGCGCCGUAUUGAUCGUGAAGCGCUGGCGCAAUACCAGCUAACUGUGAUGGCGCGCACUGGCCUAGCUUAUGGCAAGUGCAUUGUGAACAUUGCGAUCGCUGAUUUAAACGAUAAUGCGCCGAUCUUUGCACAAGAUCGUGACGGUGAGAUACAGUUGGCCGAGAAUGCGGCUGUCGGUCAAGAGGUUUACUUGUCACGCGCACGUGAUCGCGAUUCAGGUAUGAAUAGCCGUGUCACCUACACGCUCACCUACAAUCCCGAAGAGCAAUUUCGCGUUAGCGAAGCAACGGGCGUACUCCAACUGCAGCGUCCGGUGCGCGCAGCACCCGGCACAUUGUUGCAUGUGGAGCUGAUGGCCACAGAUGGCGGCACGCCGCCUCUAUCAACGCGACAUACCAUCGACGUGCUCAUAGCCGAUGUCAACGAUCAUACACCUGUGUUCGAUCACACAUCGUACGAGACAUCAUUGCGCGAGUCAACCAAGGUGAAUGCGCGCUUCUUUGCGCUAGCCGCCAGCGAUGCGGAUCUUGGCGCAAAUGGGCGCAUAUCAUACGACAUAAUCGAGGGCAAUGCAGAGCGGAAGUUUGGCGUCUUUCCCGACGGUUAUUUGUUUGUGCGCGCGCAGUUGGAUCGCGAGGAGCGGGACUAUUACGCGCUGACAGUAGCAUGCCGCGACAGCGGUGUGCCGGCGCGUUCAUCUGUGGUGCCAGUGAUCAUACAUGUCAUCGACGAGAACGACAAUGCGCCGCAGUUCACAAAUAGUACCUUCACCUUUAGCAUCGCGGAAAAUGAGCCAGCCGAUUCGUUUGUCGGCAAGCUGACGGCAACAGAUCGUGACAUUGGACGCAAUGCGGAGUUGAUUUAUACGCUGGCGACGCAGGAGCAGGACUUUACCAUUGACAUGCGUAAUGGUUUCAUUAAAACGCUGCAUCCAUUCGAUCGCGAAGAGCUGGUACAGCGACGUAGCAGCGUGGGUGUGGGUGGACAAACGAACGGGCAGAUAAAUGGCGGCUUAGUAGGUGUAGGCGACGGCAUAAACAAUGGCAAUAACUACAUACUACUGGAGGCCAUCGUCUCGGAUAAUGGAGUGCAGCGCUUGCACGACAAGGUCAAGGUGAAGAUAAUCAUUACAGAUGUCAAUGACAAUGCGCCACAGUUUGUGCGCGCUCCCUACCGUGUGCAGAUUUCUGAGGGCUCUGCCGUGGGUACGCAAGUCAUGCGUGUUUACUCGGUUGAUGCGGAUGAGGGACUCAAUGGCGAUGUUUACUACUCACUUGUUAAUGGCAACGAAGACGAACGCUUUGCCAUGGACGAUGCUACAGGACAAUUGUCAUUAGCGCGUUUGCUUGAUCGCGAGCAGCAAUCUUCGUAUAAGCUGACGGUUGUGGCACGUGAUGCAGCAUUGAAGGGACAGCUGAGCGCCAGCACCACAAUCACUGUGGAGGUGUUGGACGAGAACGACGUGGCACCGGAAUUCGCACAGACAGCAAGUGAAGUGUCAGUGUUGGAGACGAGCAGCAUCGGUACGGAGCUGAUGCGCUUUCGGGCAACAGAUUCGGACCUGGGCGUUAAUAGUCAAGUAACCUUUAGUAUUACGGCGGGAAAUCGUAAAGACACUUUCCACAUCGAUGCUAUAUCGGGCAGUUUAUAUUUGCACAAACCUCUGGACUAUGAGGAAACCACCGUUUACCAUCUGAAUGUAACGGCCGCUGAUGGCGGCACACCACGCCUCUCGAACACCAUUGUCUUCAACGUCAAUGUGGUGGAUGAGAAUGAUAACCCACCCAGUUUUCCCAAUACGGCCAUAGUGCGCCAAAUCAAGGAGGGCAUUGCCGUUAAAACUCCCAUCGUUACCAUCACCGCAGAAGAUCCGGAUUCUGGACUGAAUGGAAAAGUUACCUACUCGAUUGUGAAGCAAGAUCCUGAGCUGUCGGGUGGUCGCCACUUUGGCAUCAACACUAUGACCGGUGUCAUACACACGCUGCGUGAAAUCGAUCGCGAAACCAUCGACACCUUCCGACUCACUGUCGUCGCCACCGACCAGGCAGAAAAGCCCGAGCCACAACUGUCCGCUGAGAAACUAGUGACCGUCAUCGUUGAAGACAUUAACGAUAAUGCACCCACUUUUGUGUCCAUGAAUGCGGCCAUCUUACCAAUGCAGACAGCGGGCGCACAAAGUCAUCACUACCGUGACGGUUUGCCAGUGAUGCAUGUGCAUGCACGCGAUGCUGACUCUUCCAGCAACGGUCUGGUCACCUACGAAAUGGUGAACGGCAAUACGGAACUCUUCAAAUUGCAUCGCAAUACGGGUGCGAUAACUUUACGCAAAGUGAUCGAUCAGCCGGAGGUGCGUUAUCAGUUGGCUUUGAAGGCGACCGAUGAAGCGGUGCAGAGCGAACGUAAAAGCACCGAUGCGUAUAUAACGAUUAUAACGACGGGCACGGCCGCUGGCCCCGUAUUCGAUCAGCGCGAACAAAGCGGCUCAGUGUAUGAGAACGAGCCGACCGGUACGAGUAUUUUGACUGUGAGCGCACGCUUGAAUGGCGCCGAAAUCGAGUACUACGUGACGAAUGUUACGGCGAUCGGUGCGUAUACGAGUGCGAGUGCGGGUGCGGUACAACAAGUCGAUCGUUUGUUUGACAUUGAUACAAAACUUGGCAUAUUGUCGACGGCAAAGGAGUUGGAUCGUGAAGCGGGACCGGACACCUAUGAAGUGGAAGUGUAUGCGAUUGCGUUAGGCGGAGUGCCACGAACAACGAGUACUAAGGUGAGUUGA